AUGUCUCCAAUUAAGGUUAAACCAGAAGAAGAGGUCUUCCCACCUCAAGAGAUACACUUACUCAAAGAUGCAAAUUUUGGAGACACAUCCUACCAAGAACCAUUCUACAACAACUAUCAGCCACACGUACCUAUUGCAAUAGAUCUUGGAACUUCAACAUGGAGAGUAGGGUUGACCAAUUCAUCAGAACCAAAUAAUAUUUUUCCUGGAUUGAUAUCCCGUUAUAGAGAUAGAAAGGCUUUGAAAACAUUGACAAUCGUGGGGAAUGAUGUAUAUUCCGAUUCUGUUUUGCGUUCAACUAUAAAGACUCCGUUUGAUGGUCCAUUGAUAACAAACUGGGACUAUAUAGAAUUCAUGUUGGACUAUUCCUUCGAACAUCUUGGUGUAACAAGCGAUAAUGGGAAGUUGAACAAUCCAAUUAUUAUGACAGAACCAAUAACUUGUACCCACAAUCAACGUAAAUCAAUGUAUGAACUUUUGUUUGAAGCAUACCAGGUACCAAAAGUGAGUUUUGGUAUCGAUUCAUUAUUUUCAUAUUAUGCCAACUCAUCAGGAAAAUCUAGUGGAUUGGUUAUUGGUGCUGGUAAUCAAGCCACUAGCAUUAUUCCAGUUUUAAAUGGCAAGGGAAUCAUGUCACAAGCAAAGAGAAUUGACUGGGGUGGAGAUCAACUGCAACAAUAUUUGUCUAAAUUGUUGACAUUGAAAUAUCCAUAUUUUCCUAGUAAAUUGAAUAGCAACCAUACAACAAAUUUAUUCAAGGAUUAUUGCUAUGUGCUGAAAGAUUACCAACAAGAAGUUAGUCACAUAUUAGACAUGGAUAUCUUGGAAUCAAAAGAUGUGGUUGUACAGGCACCUGUGGAGAUUGCCGUCACAAAUGAGAAAAAGAAAACUGACGAAGAAUUGGCUGAACAGGCUGCCAAAAGAAAGGAACAAGGUAAGAGAUUACAGAAACAGGCACAAGAGAAGAGAUUAGAAAAACUAGCACAGAAACAAGAGGAAUGGGAUUAUUUCUCCAAAUUCAAGGAAGAUAAUUCAGAAUUAUCAUCCGAAGAAUUCGAAUCCAAAGUAAUUGCUAAUGGGUUUGACGAUUUAGAUGAUUUCAAAAAAUACAUGACAUCGUUAGAAAGAACAUUAAAGAGGGCCAACCAAGGUGAAGACGAUCCCGAAGAAGAAGAAAUAGAUCCUGCAAAGGCAUGGCCAUUAGUUGAUAUUCCUGAUGAUCAAUUGACUGAAGAUCAAGUCAAGGAGAAAAGAAAGCAGAAACUUCUCAAGGCUAAUUUUGAAGCUCGUGAACGUAACAAAGAGAUCAAAAGACAAGAAGAGGAGGCUAAGUUGAAGGCAGAACGAGAGCAACAAGAAUGGCGUGAUCGUGACUUGGAUGAUUGGUGUACUACCAAGCGUUUACAAUUGGCUGAAGCUAUAAGCAAAUACAAGGAAAAACAAAAAUUGCUAGAAUCAUUUAAAGAUAGAAAAUCUGCUGCUGCUCAACAACGUAUGAAGUAUAUUGCUGACUUGGCCAAUGAUGAAAAUGGGUCCACUUCGAGUCAAUCAAGAAAGAGAAGACGUAAUGCCAAUGCUACUAUAGAUAAUGAUCCAAAUGAUACAUUUGGUGCAAAUGACGAUGAUUGGAACAUGUACAGAGAAAUCACAAAUGCAUCUGUUGAAGAAGAUAUGGAAAAAAUAAACAACGAAAUCUUAUCUUUGGAAGACGAGUUGUUGCAAUAUGACCCUAAUUUUCACCAUGAGGAUACUUUUGCAGCUGCUUCUACUUUUGAUUGGAAAAAUCUGGUGCUUCAUAAGUUUAUUCAUGGUCCUCGUCCAAAUAUCACUAUAGCCAUGCAAGCUGAAGGAUUACUGCCCGAUGAAAUAGCGUCACAUCCAGAAAUGAUUCGUAAAAACCAUCAAAUUCAUUUGAAUGUCGAAAGAAUUAGAGUUCCGGAAAUACUAUUCCAACCAAGCAUUGGUGGAUUGGAUCAAGCCGGAAUUAGUGAAAUUGCCAAAGAUUUGUUAACAAGAAGAUUAGACGGAAAUUUUACUAUUGGAGGCCAAUCUUAUGAUGUUGCGAAAGACAUUUUCUUGACUGGUGGGUUGGCAUCAUUACCUGGUUUCCAACAAAGAAUAGAGACAGAUUUCAGAAGUUUCCUUCCCAUUGGUGCACCAAUAAAUGUCCGUACUGCAAAAGACCCAUUAUUAGACUCAUGGCAUGGUAUGUACAAGUGGGCCAAUAACGAACAAGAUUCCAAAAAUGGAUACGUUACAAAGGAAGAUUACGAAGAGUAUGGUGCUGAAUAUAUUAAAGAGCAUGGAUUAGGUAAUGUUUCUUUAAAAUAG